GUUGUAACGUCUUCGCGCGGAUAGGGUUUACGAACGAAAAUAUUGAAUUGAUCAAAACAUUUAAUUGUGUGAACAAAGCUUCUAAAUGAAGAUUCAACAUGAAUGGUAAGUUUGGAAAUAUUGUGGUAAUCAAAAGGAAUGGAAGUGAUGGCGCUUGUUUUCCAUUAACAGCUACUUCAUGCUUAUUUGGAAGGCAUGAUAAUUGUGACAUCAGAAUCCAGCUUCCAAGUGUAUCAAAUGAACACUGUAGAAUUGAUGUGGAUUCCCAAGGGCAGAUAUCUUUGGUCAACCUGAGUAAAGAAAAUCCAACCCUUGUCAAUGGUAGUAUUUGUAAGACAUCAUGUGCUGUUUCCCACAAGGAUAUCUUUACAGUUGUUGAUAGAUCUUUUAGAUUUGAAUUCUCACCAAACUCAAAAUUGUCUCCAGCUAAACAGUCUCCUAAAAUGGCAAAGACACCCCAAAAAUCACCAGGAUGCUCACCCAAAAAAUCUCCAGGAAAGAAGACACCAACUAAGAUUUUGACUCCUAAGACAAAGCCGCCGACACAGACGACAACACCUUUACAAGGGAAGAAAUCGCCUAAACCUCUUACACCUAAAUCAUUGAACAUACCCUUGAGCACGCCUAUAUCAUCUAAAGAACUAGGAAAUCGGAGAUCUUCAAGUGCCUCAACACCCAAAGGAAGUCCUAAAUCUAUUUCUCCUCGAUCAUUAUCUGCAAAGCCUAGCCCAAGAUCUUCCUCAUCAACACCAGUAAGAACAUCAGAAAAAUCUCCUAAACAAAAAUCACCCAAGCCAAUGACACCUAAUAAAAUUAUAUCUAGUAAAGCCAGUCCACGUUCACCCGCAUUAUCGGGUAAAAAAUCGAUUCCCUCGAGCCCAAAAGCCUCACCGGGAAAAGCCCCAAAGUCUCCAAAAUAUGCUGGUAAAUCAAGAUUCUCAGUUGAAUCUGUCAACACUUCUUUAUUUGUGGAUCCAACGCCAGAAAAAAGAUCUAUAUCACGAUCGGUUUCACCUAAAGCAACCAGCCCAAAAUCUCCUAAACCAGCCACUCCAAAGUCUGCUUCAAAGUCAUUGUCACCUAAAUCAAAACCGAUUUCAACUUCCCCAUCAACUCCAAAAUCAAGAAAGUCAGUUUCACCUAAAACAACACCAGCUGCAUCAACACCUAAAUCAAGAAAGUCAGUUUCACCCAAAGCAGCAGCUCCAUCUACACCUAAAUCAAGAAAGUCAGUUUCACCCAAAGCAGCAGCUCCUUCUACACCUAAAUCAAGAAAGUCAGUUUCACCUAAAGCAGCGACUCCUAAUUCACCUAAAUUUGGCACUCCAAAAGCGACUACACCCAAGACUGCUGGUAAAAAAGGAUCAGGAACAAAAAGAAAGUCUGUAUAUGAAAGUGGACCUCCUUCAAAAAGAAAGCGAGUAUCAUUUGGUCCAAACCUGAGCCCAGAACAAUUUGAUAAAGCCUUGCCUCCAUCAACACCAAUAGCCAAAGGAGCAACACCUAGAAGAAAAUCUGAGCCUUUAAGAAUGCAAACGCCAGUGUCUCUUUUGAAACGUAGAUCUAUAGCUGUAUUUAAUAAGUCGCCUAUAUCGGAAGAGAGUCCACAUAAUGCCCCCAAAUCACCAAGUGCUUCUCAAAAAAGAGCACAGUCUAAGUCACCUGCAAGGAGAUCAAAAUCGCCUAAAAAUACACCUCAAAGAUCGGGUUCCAAAUCUCCAACAAGUGGCACUUCAGUUGGAAGACCAUCAAGAUCACCUGUUAAAAGAAAAGGAAAAUCGCCAGUAAAGAGUCCAGUUAAUAGCCCAGUUAAAACACCAACCAAAAGCCCAACAAAAAAGAGUUCACGAAGUCCAAGAAUAUCGAGGAAUCGAGAAGAAUAUUCAGUGGGAAGUCCUGUAAUGGCACUGUCAACAAGUCCUGCAAAAAUACCAGGAAAGAGUCAUACAGGAACACCUACCAGGACUCCUGUAAAAAUAGCUUCAAAGAGCCCUGCAAGAACUGUCAAAAGUCCAGCAAAUUCACCCGCCAAGAGUCCAGCAAAGUCACCCGCCAAGAGUCCAGCAAAGUCACCCGCCAAGAGUCCAGCAAAGUCACCCGCCAAGAGUCCAGCAAAGUCACCCGCCAAGAGUCCAGCAAUAACCCCAACCAAGAGUCCAACAAGAACCCCAGCCAAGAGUCCAGCAAGAACCCCAGCCAAGAGUCCAGCAAGAACCCCAGCCAAGAGUCCAACAAGAACCCCAGCCAAGAGUCCUGCAAGAUCCCCAGCCAAGAGUCCAGCAAAGACCCCAGCCAAGAGUCCAGCAAGAACCCCAGCCAAGAGUCCUACAAGAACACCACCCAAGAGUCCAGCAAUAACACCAGCAAAAAAAUCUAAUGUUAAGACCCCCAAAAGUUUAAGUAAAUCACCCGGUAGAAUUUUAGUAACAGUACCUGAUAAUUCUCAAUCAAGCACUCCAGGGCGAGUUAUAACCAAAAGUCCUGCUACAGCACAAAUUGCAGCUCCACGUAGAACACCAGCAAAAAGCCCAGGUACAACUUUUAGUAAAAGUCCUGGAAGAAUUCCUGCUAAAAGUCCAGGUAGAAGUGCUAAUAAAUCUAUCUCAGAAGAUAGUGUAACUGCAGCAACUGUGGAUGUGACCAAUGCAAAGACUCCUUCAAGAUCUCCAGCAAGAACAUCUAUAUCUUCACCAAAAGACAACUCCCCAGAAUUUCUAUUUGCCUCUAGGUCUAAAAAGCCUGUUGCUAUUGUUACACCACAAAGGUCAAGAUCAGCAUCUCCUGUAAAUACGAAGAAAGUAUCACCUAAAAUUACCUCACCAAAAACUAGAGUAAACCGUAAAUCAACUGAUAUGUAUGAAUUUCAUUCAGGUGAUGAAAGUAGUGAAGAACUUUUUUCGUCCCCUAAAGGUAGAAGAAGCUCCAUCAAGAAGACUCCAAGAUCCACGAAGAAGAGUCCUGUUAAAGUAGGUAGAAGAAGCCCUGUACUUUCUCCUGUUGCCAUGACUAAAAUGUUGAAAACACCCAAUUCAUUUUACUCUAAAGGAAGAUCAAGUCUCACAGGAAUACAGAGAUUAAUGAAGUCACCAAAUUCUGCCAACAAAAAUGCAAAUAAUGUAUUGGAUUCAAGUUUUACUGGAAUAGCUGACCUAAUGAAAUCACCAAGAAUUUCUUCACCCAAUCAAACAGGUACUAAACCGAAAUCAUCCAGAAAAAGUACUGGGUCAGCGGUUGUAGAAAUGUUCCAAACUACACCCAAAUCCUCUCGUAAAAGUACAGGAUCAAUGACCCCUAAAUCAGCCAAGACUUCACCCAAAUCAAGAAGUACUACAAAAUCAGACAAGCAGUCGCCACAAUCAAAGAAGACUACACCUAAAUCUGCUAAGACUACACCCAAGAAGACCACACCAUCAUCUGCAAAGACAAGACCCAGAAGUUUAGGAGAUGGCAAACAAAUUAACCUGACUGUCACUCCACCAAGUUCCAGAAGAUCAACCUCUCCGUUGAACAAAUCUAGCAAGAAAUCAAGUGGAAAAAAGUUGCAGAGAAAGUCAACUCAUUCAUCCCCAGAAAUUGUUAAUGUAAAACGUCAUCGAAUGUUUUCCAGUCCUGUUGACAAACUUGCCACUCCACCGACCAGUUUGAAAAAGAUAGUUGCACUGAAAGCUAUUCACAAAAAGUUAGCUAAACCUCGACUGUCUAACAUUAUGAAAAAGACCCCUGGUAGAAAGAGUAUUGGUGCUAAAAAUCCAACCCCAUCAAAGAAAUUAUGGUCAGAUAUUUUAAAGAGUGGAAUAAGUGUGACUGGUAUUGUGAAGAAAGUACCUGCGGCUAAACCUAUUUCUACUAAAAUUAUGAAGAAGUCGACACCGAAGGGAAAAUCAAUCAAUAAAUCAAAGGUUGGAAAGACUCCGAAGACACCUAGAGCUGUUGCACGAGCCUUAGCCCCAUCAACAGGUCAUAUUGAAUCUCCAAUGACAUUGAUUGUUGGGAAAAGAGUUACAAAGAGAGCGAAAACACCUAUCCCCUUGCCUAAAAAGGGUAGGAAGGUCUCUAUUGGAAAAUCAAGAAAAUCACUGGGUAACACAAGCUAUUCUGGAAUAGAAGAUUUAUUUGCUUCUCCAUCACCCAACAGUAGGAAAUCUAUUACGUCUGCUGUGGCUUCACCUAGACUCUUGACAGGCACGCCUCAUGCUCUUUAUGCCGAUUUACCAGAUACUCCUAAUGGUCCAGGUGAAAUGAUUGUUUCUCCACUAAACUCCAGAAAACCAUCAGGAAGAAAGAGUAUACAUAGCCCUAACAUGGUUGGUGUCAAGGGCCUAUUUAAAAAAUCUAAAACUCCAGCUAAAAUCAAUCUUGAGGGAGUUAAACGCAUAAUGACAUCUCCAAGACAGAAAAACCAAAGUGUUGAAGAUUUUGGAGGAAUUAAGCGAAUAAUGGCAACACCUAAACAGAGGGUUAAAAAAAAUACUGCAUCCAGCCCAUCUGGUGUUGAUAAGUUAUUCACUUCAACUCCAAGAAGUGCUAAAAAAAACACACCUAAGAGAGCCACCCCAGCUAAGACUUUACCCCAAAAAGAACUGAAAUCCCCCAAAGCAGCGAGUCCUAAAAAAACAAUUGUUGCAAAAUCACCAAAAGUCACACCUAAAAAAGCUUCUCCUGUAAAGACAGUUGUUGCAAAAUCACCAAAAGUUACUACUAAAAAAGCUUCUCCUGUAAAGACAGAUGUUGCAAAAUCACCAAAAGUCACACCUAAAAAAGCUUCUCCUGUAAAGCAGACAGCAGUAAGAAGUACCAGAAAAACACCAGCCAAAUUAACUACACCCAGUAAAACUAAGGCUAGUAAAAUGGUAGAAGUUAUUGAAGAAAUACUUCCAGAAGCUGUUGUCAUUGUUUCUCCUGUUAAACUGUCUCCCAAACAACCUCCGGCACCUGCAAGAGGUGGCCGAAAAACUACCAGAAGCAUUAAAAAAUUAAAAACUCCUAGUCCCAAAAAGGGUCGUGGAACAAAGGGUAAACGUACAGUACAACAACCCACUGAUGUUAUUGUCAUAGCAACACCAGAGCCUCCAAAGAGAGGUGGCAGAAAACGUAAAGCAGAAGAAAGUGUCUCACCAGUAAACAAAAGAGUUAAAAUACAGACACCUGUCAAAUCAGCUGUUAAAGGUAAGGGUUCCACAGUCAAGUCAAAACUAUCACCUAGAAAGGCAACAUCCAGACGAGGUAGACUUGUUGAAGAACCUUCAGUGGAAGUUUCUCAGCCAGCUUCUCCUGCAAAACCUGUCACGAAAAAGGGAAGAUCCACAAGAGGAAAGCCCAUAGCGAGCCCAAAAGCACUGAUCCCUAAAAAAGCUUCUACAUCUAAAAAGGCAACCCCACAAAAGGCUAAAAAAGGAAGAAGAGUGGAAGAAUCUGAACCAGAGGCUGAGGCAGUUGUAGCACCAACACCUAGAAAGAUAGAAACCCCUAAAAAAGCUGCCACUCCUAAAAAGGCAGCAUCUCCUAAGGCUAAAAAGGGACGUUCAACAAGAGGAAGAAGGGUUGAAGAAUCUGAAUCAGAGACUGUGGCAGUUGUAGUACCAACACCUAAAAAGAUACCAACCCCGAAAAAAGCAUCUCCUAAAAAAGCAACGCCACAGAAGGCACGAAAGGGACGAUAUACAAGAGGAAGAGGCACAGAAGAAUCUGAUGCUGAGGUAGUUGUUAGUCCAAUCAAGCCAAGACGAGGUAAGGCUGCUGCCAAGCUAUCUAAAGCCCAAACUCCAAAGAAAACAAAUACUACAAGACGAGCUCCAGAAAUAGUAGUUACGCCAGAGUCAAAGCCUGUUGAAGAGAAGGUAUCUAGUCCAGCUAAACCAGUUGGCAAAAGAGGAAGAACGGCACGUGCAGCACCAAAAUCUCCAGUGAAAGCAAAAACACCUGCUAAAUCAAAGAAAGCUAAAACAGAAGUAAAACCCAAAACUCCUGUCAAAGUUAAAACACCAAAAAAAAUCAGAAGUACGCGAGGAAAGAAAGUAGCAACUCCAGAACCUGUGGUGACGGGUACAAAAAGAAAAGCUGAAGAACCUGUUUCAUCUCCAGCGAAGAAAGCAAAAGUUCCAUCACCAAAACAACUACCCUCCCGAGCAAAAGGAAAGCAGUUGAAAGGAAAGAAAAGUCCAGUGAAAGAAGUUACUGAACCCGAAGUUACUGCUAGUAAGUCAACUAAGAAAACUGCUGGAAGACGAUUGAUUAAAGCUAGUCCAACAAAACCUAAAACUGUCACUCCUCUUAAAACCAGAAGAGGUCCACAAAAGGCUGAAACCAGUCCAGUCAAACCUUCACCUGUAAAAGCAAAAUCACCUGCCCAAAAAGCAUCAAAACAGAAAUCUAAGAAGACAGCUACUCCAGUAAAAAAGGCAGCAAAAACAGUCAAAGCCAAGAAGGUCACUCCAGUGAAGAGAGUUACGAGAAACCGAAAGUAAACAGCUCAAAUUCAUCACCACUUGUCUUCUUCAUAAUUAACUGCAUUUAUAUUUUAUAAAUUUGUAUAAAGUAAUUGUAUAUUUUGAAUAUUUUAUUAUCGAUAUUAUUAACUUCAUCAAUAUUAUUAAUAUAUAAAUUGCAUCUUAUUUUAAAAAAAAGAUUUUUUAAGAAUUAAUUUUUAAACAUAAACCUCUUUUUUUAAACUUUGAACAUUCUAUAUCAUCAUAUCAUUCAUAAUAUUCUUGCCAUAUCACGCUUUCCACAUCUGAUUUGAAACAUACUCUUUUCUCUAAUAAAAUACGCAAUUUUUGAUAGAUUUUAGGCAUUAGGAAAUUUAUUUUGUAUUUUUAAUAUUUAUCUAUGUAUAUGCUUUUGUCCAAUGUUUUUUUUCUUCUUCUUUGUGCAUAGUGCUAUUUCUACUUGACUUAAUUCUUGGUAUAGCAUUUGAUUAAGUUAUUUUCCUUACUUUUUGUAUUUUGGGUAUUCUUAAAAUUAAAUCUUUAAAAAAUUGGAUUGAGAAGAACACAUUUCUGUUCUUUAGUCAGUUCAUUUUAGAUUUUUAAACUGCCAAGGAAAAUAGGCUUGACUUGUUAAUAAGUAAAACUGUUAUUAUUUAUCAUUAUUUAGCAACUAGGGUAGUUUCGUGUAUGUCUUUAUCAUUAGAAUAAGACAAUAAAUUUUUUAUUGUCUUUAUAUACAUGUAGUCUGCACUAUCAUCUGUAAAUAAUUUCAUCUCAUUUAUUGCAAACAAAUGAACUUGUUAAAUUGACUCAUGUCGUUUUGUUAUUUUUUUCGUCAUUAAUAAUCACAUACUAUAUUGAAUGACACACUCAUGGAAGGUUUUACUUGUAAGAAAUAUAUUGAAUUUUAUACCUCAUUGUUUCAGCUGAACUGAAGUGUACUGUUUGAAUCAUUAUUGAACACAUUUGUAAUUAAAUUUUGAAACACAAAAUAGAGAAUUAAAUGAUCAUUUCCAGGAUUCAAGCAAAAUAAAUUUAGAAAUUCACCUUUC